GCCAAGACGAUCGAACUAAAGAGAUUUUUGAACGGACUUUAUCGUAAAUAGUUUUACUUGAAAUCUUACCCAARACGUUGAACUGACCUUAAAAGUUUACGUUUUUUAUCACGGACUCAGUAAACUACGGUUCAUCGGCUAUCUUAGUWAUAGCMAACAUUUUUUUCCCGAAGGACAGSUCCAUUGCAUGGCGUGGCUUGGCAAGAAAGCCCGUAAGCUUUCACAGUAAUCUUGCUACUUCUUUUCUCGAUAUUUACAGCUUCGUAACUCGCUCAUUCAAGAGACAGUCAAAAUSAGUGAAAAGUCAUCUCAGUAAAGGCUCAAAGAAGUUACAGUUCUUCUUUAAAAUAUGGUAACAAGAAAACACAAAGCCAAAAUGAAACCAUCAAGAAGGUCACUUGUGAAGACACUUUCAAACUUCCCAAAGGCAAUGAGAACAUCUCUUUCUUCAAGACUUCCUCAACUUCCAGAAGCCAAUAUCUUUAUCUCACUUUUAAAUCCUUCAAAUUUACCACCACUUGCACUUAACCAAUACAAUUACUUGACUAACAAGCAACAGGAAAGUUUUCAAACAGGAACAGAUGMUGUGACAGAGGUUUCAAGUAGUGAAAGAGAAACUAUYUCAAGUCCUUUGCUGAGUUGUACACAUCCAAAUAGUGAACCUCCUCCAUGUAAAAGUUCACUGUUAAGUGUUGAUGAKUACUUUACCUAUGAAAUGCAGCCAUACACUUCUUGUAGCCCACGUAAGGAAACUCUUGAUUUUUGUACUCCUGAUUCCCCACUUUCAAUUGAUGAUGGCARAGAAGGCAACACAUUUCAAAAAUAUUAUAACAAUGCAACAAAGGUUACUGGAGUUGGGACAGAGAUUGAGAAUUAUUCAAGUGAUAUAAAAGUCUCGGUGAAAAAAUGUACUGUUGUAUUGCAACCAGUCAAUAAGUCAAUGAAGACAGUUUAUCUUAAUGGUAAGCAAAAUUUCUCUGAAUCUGAGAAMACAGAAUCGCUAUCUUCUCAUUCAAGGAAAACAUGUUCUCCUAAAGAUAGCAAAAGUGAAUUCACAGACAAUUGCACAGAAAAUUGUAUAUUAGAGUCAAUGMCAUUUGAAACACUURAUAAGGCCCAAUUGGAAAGUGAAAUGGAGGGGUCAUCAUCUAAAACCCCAGUAAACAAACCAGCACCUCGGAGAUGGGUCAAAUCCAUCACUUUGAAGAAUACUCCUCAUCUGAAACAGUCAUUGUCUGCAAAAAGAAACAGCUCAACUCUAAAAACUGAUAUGGCCUGCAUUACAAAUGCCUCAGGCARUGAAGCUGAAGAAAGCAAUGAAAUACCUCAGAUACCAUCUGUUAAUGAAGAAAAAMGUCCAAGUGAAAGAGAAUWUAAACAGUGCUUGAAGACUGACAGAGUCAAUGACGGGACAAGUGAAAGUAAAAAUUAUACUGUAAGCCRAGCAAGAGGMCACAAAUUUCAGUCUUCAUUCAGGACAACACAUGGAAUGGCAGUUGGUCAAAAAUGGAUUGCCUCUGUUAAUCUGAAAAUGUCACCAUUGAUACCCAAACCCACAUCAUUGUGUAUGAAAAAACCCGAUCAUAUUCAAUUGGACCAACACAAUUUGGAUUUGGCAUCUGCAAAAAAGGGGUUGUCCAAAGUUAGAAGAAAUAUUUUAUUGGAUGAUGAAGCAAUAGAACUUUCAAACUCCAGCAGUGAAAGUGAGCAAGAAGUUGGAAGUGGAUGUAUAGUGGACACUGUUACACAUCCAAAUGCUGUUUUAUCAGACAAUGAGAGAUGUUGCACAAGRAGGAAUGAUGAUGUUUCAAUACCAAAUGCAAUAUGGGAUGGUGCACAACUGCUGAAAAAAGUAGAAACCAAGCCAAUCAAGUGUGUACAGUCAGGUUUUGAAAAAAGAUUACUUAGUACAGGUGAUGGCAAAAAUAAUCAUGAAGCUGACAACUCAUGCUGUGAUGUCCUUGCAGAAAUGCUCUCAGGGGAUACCACARCCUUGUCUUGUAAAAAACGUCAAMGAAAAGAAAAAGCUAAUGAACAUGGUUCUCAAAGAAAAUUGUUACUACUUAAAACUAAGACAUUUGUGGAACACAAAAAAAGGAAGAGAACAUUAUCUGGCUCAUUAGUGCCUCAGAAAAAGAGACUUAGAACAUUUUCAUCAUGUAAUUCUACAAAUKCUCCAGAAGACAACACCCUUCCAAAGGAAGUGCCACCUGUUACUGAAUGGAACAGUAUGUAUUACAAUGAGAAACAUUCCCCACCACUGAGUAUAUCAUCUGAAUUAGAUCAAGAAGAAGAUAKUGAAAUAAUAGAAGCUACAGAGAAAUGUGUAAAUGACAAUUGGCUUUUGUGUGACAGGAGUGUAGACUCMAUUCCUCCGGAUGAUGAACCUGAAAAGAACAAUUCAACAGAAACAUUAAGGCGGACACAAGAAAUUGUUUAUCAAGACCAUUCUUACAGUAUUAGAACCCUUAAAUCUGAUCUAGAUACACCAAACAGCUUUGAUAUUCCUUCUCCUCGGGUAAAAUCCAGAGACAAGGUAAAGAAUKUGACAAAAGUUUUAAAGAGUGGAAAGGAAAAGACAAAAAAGAAGAAAAGAGGCCUAACCAAUUAUGAACUUCAGAAGAAGUACAAUUUAACAGUUCCUCUAAAAAACGUUAUUAUAAAUUGUGAACUGCUCAACCCAGCUAAUCUAAACAUUUUAAGUAUCCCUGAGAAGCCAUUAAAAUGCAAACGUAGGAUUCAUUCUAAGAAAAAGUCAGCAAGAGUGAAUGUUAAAGAAAAGAGAAAAAAUCCAGAAGAUCGACAUGACACAGAGACUCCAAGACCUAAAAAGCCCAGAGUUCCACAACAUUAUAGAGGAUUCAAACCUGAGCAAAUCAGAACUAUUAAACAUAUAGGCAUGAGAUAUCGUGUAGCAUUUCAUUUAUGGCCACAGAAAUAUUCAAAUGCUUUGGAUAAGAUCAAUCAAAGAAUAGCAAGUCAAAAUGCAUUUUGGAAAACCUUACUGUAAAAACUUGUAUUAUAGUAAAUUGCAUGUGAAUGAAUUCCAUUGAAUUCAUACUCGACAUAAUUUAUAUAAUUUAUUUAUGUUGAAGAUAUAGGAUGAAAGAUGAAGAUAUCUUCUCUAAAUACUUAAUAUUAUUGGGGUUCCCAUGUGGAACAGUGAAUCCAUCUAUCUAAUCAAGGGUAUAAAAACAUCAAUCAGACAUUGGUGUCUGUAAUUGGUUUUAAAAGGCRAUGUCAAAAACAUCUGGUUGGUUUAUCACCAGGUAGUUUUGAUCUACUUAAAUGCAAAUAAGGCUGAAUWUUAUAAUAACAAUCAAUAUAAUUUAUUAAUGAGCAAGUUAUUUAUUAUAUGAGAAAGGAUGAUGUUCAACAAGUAUGAUCAUGAAGGACAAAAAUGUGCGGUUUCUUCAGCUUAGUAAAAUAUUUGUCAUAAUAACAAUAAAUUACUUUUCUCUAGGCAAUUUACAUCCCUAGUCUUUGAAGGUCCGAAAACCAUUUUAAAGUUUUUUUUCUUAAAUGAUUUUAAAUUAUAUCUCAGCAUUUCACAAGUCAGAAAGAUAAAAGAAAGAACAGUCACACAAAGCAUUAGACAGCACUGCAAACUUAAAUGGAAAGGUAAAAAAAUCAGCAACAGCUAUUGCAAAAAAUGCAUGGUAAGGGAUGUAGUUUCGUUUAUUAGGAAAAAAUAUUUAAAGUUUCAAUUUUUUUAGUAGAUUGAAUUCACAUUUUUGGUAUCUUUUGUAUUUUACAAAUAAUUUUACAUGGCAAGUUUGAAGCUCAGUGCAAUUAAUUUUGAAUAGCGCAAAAAAUGGGAAAAAAGAAUUGGGGGAGUUCCAUUAGUGACCAUAAACGCGUGACACUGAUAUUUUAUAUUGCUUAUCAAAUUCAUAAUCUCAAGCAUAUUUUUCUAAAUACUUCAAGACAAAAUAUUUUUAGGAGUAUCAUUUUAAGUUGUAUGCAAAAUCAGAGGAAAUAUCUUGGUCAUGAAAAGAUGCUGUGACAGCAAUGAUUUCCCAUUGUUUACCUUCUGAAAUAUUAAUGAAUUUGAUAGGUUUAUAUAGAAUAUCAAGUCCUACCAUAAAAUUUAAAUUUUUCAAACUUUGCUUCAAUAUCCUGAUAAASAUAUUAUUUUAAAUAUAUUCUUGCUGAAUUUCUGUGCCUAAGUAGGAAAGACCGUUUAUGGUUGGAUUACCGCAUACAAUCUGCACUGGACCAUUAAUAUGUGAUCAUCCAACCAAUAAGAGGAUUUAUGUCAGUGGUCUGAAUGGCAUGAAAUUGCUCACGUAUUGCAAAUAGCUGMUAGUACUUUCAUGAUUUGAUCACAUUUUCAUACAUUAACAACAGACCUAACUUUUUGUACCAUGAACAUCUGUAUGGGAGGGAUUUUUUAAACAAUGUUUAAUUAUAUUUUUAAAUUAUAUUGAUAUUGUAUUGUAUGGUUAUCUCUUAGAGAUAUGUCCUAUGUAAUGAAAUUGCUUUUACUUGACGCCAUUAAAAGGUUAAAGGUUAAAACCCUAGGAUGUUACACAUCGUUUUGAASCUAGAUCAGUAAUGCAAACCUCUAUUAUGUGAUAAAUUACAGAAAAGGUUUUCCAAGUUAAUUCCUUAAAUCUUUUAAAGAAUAUGGUUUAUACUAAUUGCAAACCAAUUAUUCAUUCACUCAGCUUUGAAAUGAGAUGUUUUUUUUUUCAAAAAAUGAGUAAAAAAAGUUAUCUUCCUAAUUUGUGAAYUCUAGCACAGUUUUACAGUAACGUUAAGAAAACCUUUUCAUUUCCGCACUCUGGUCUAGACAUUUGGUAGUAACCAUCAGUUGAUCCUUUUUUGACAAUGUUUAGCAAUCUUGCUCCAACAAGGAGCAUCAAAAUCAGCUACAUUCAUGACUAGAUUAUUUCUAGUUCACCCUUUUGAUGACAUCACUGUGAAGUAAGAAUUGCAAUUGAACUGUCAAUUGAAACAUUCAAACUGAAAUAAAUAUUUUUACAGGCAC